CGCCGCCGGCGCCUCCGCCUGGCCCGCGCCCCGCGCCUACGCGCGCGACGGGGACGCCGACGACGCCGAUGUCAUCUGCUGCACUGUGCAAGAAUAACCUAUUGACUCAGAACGGCGUCAGUGAAGUGAUAUGCUUAAGACUCGCAGAAGGAACAGCAUCCUGUUGGACUGAGUGGAAAAAAAACGUGUAUGAUCUCGAGAGAAAGCAUGUCUUUCAGCUUUGUAAAUUCGUGUAAAGAGAAAUAAUUGAUAUAUUGUUUGUAAGAUAUCGUGCCCGAUUUCCAUUUCAUCAAAUUCCGUUUCCAUCCUCAAAUGCUUCGAUGACACGAGGGAUGGCUGCUCUUUGGAACGCACUCGCGGACCGUGAAGGUUCAUUCUUUCCAAGUGGUGCUGUGUCGCUCGCGUGGUUGCACUGUAUUCACUAUAUUGCACGGUAAUCGGCUAAAGAAUCAUACUUCCUGUGCUGCACUAUGUGGAAAGGGGACGGCGACGCGGGCGUCUGCGGCAGCCUGGGGCUGGGGCUGGGCUUGGGCCUGAUGCUGGACGAGGGCUGCGUCGGCGAGGGCGGCGCCGGCGGCGAGGGCACCGGCGGGGGCAGCUUGAGCUGCGAACGCUGCGGCCGGCGCUACGCCCUGCGCAGCUCGCUUAAGCGCCACCAGAUGCUGGAGUGCGGCGUGGUGCCGCAGUUCCCGUGCCCCAUGUGCGUGUACCGCGCCACCCGCCGCUCCAGCCUGGCGCGCCA